AUCGUUAUCAUAGGGCUGGAAAUUCAAAUCAAAUCCUAUACAAAAGCUUGCUUGUUCAGUGUGUUUUGUGUUGCUGUUGACCAGCUUUAUCUUGACCCACACCGGAUAAAUGAUAGAGUAUUGCAUUAGUGGGAAUGAUGGACAGCUGCUCAUCACCAUGGAAUGGCGAGGAAGUUGGUACCCCAAAUACCAGUCAAUAUUUUCCAGAUGAUAGUGGUUACUUGAGUAACCCAGGGAGCUCAGGGUCAGAAAGUAACUGUGUCCGCUUGAGACGGUUUAGUUGCAGCAGUCCAUAUAACAGUAGGUCACCAGUUGGCUACUGCCAUAACAUAAUACCAUCAACAUCAGCCUUCCAGCAGAACUGCUAUACUAAUGGACAGUUGGACAGUUUACAGAAGACUGAGGGAGCUCAUUGUGAUUCAGUUUUGCUCAAUGAUAUUGGUUGCUGUAAAGAAUCACUCUCUCUCCAAAACAAGCUGCUGGCAGCUUCUUGCAGAGAAGAUAACUUGCCAAGAUUGGCAGGAAGUAAAAGUUAUUCUUUUUUAAAAUCAUCACAGUAUUCUACGCCGACUUCUGAUAGAAGUAUUUCAUUACAAACUGCUUCUGGCAUUUCUGACUCCCAGACACCAGAAAAAAUAGAUUUAAAUCCAUGUGAACAGUCAUUUCCAAAGUGCUUGUUUACACAUUGUGGCAAUGAAAACGAGUCACUAUAUGAGUCAAGUAUAAUAAGUAAGUCAACUGUACCAUAUUCAUGGAGCAGUAAAUUGGGCAAACCUCGUAUAGAUGUGUUAGCUGCACUGGCCAGUUAUCGGCCAGUUGUGUCAAGGAUUUUACAGUUCCUACGGCCUGAAGACCUUGUAGCAGUAGCUGCAGUUUCACACACAUGGCGUAACAUCUGUAAAAAUGACAAGCAGGCAAAUCGACGUCGCCAAAUUUACCUUCGUGCAAAAAUUCAGCUGAAAGAAAAUAAAGAGGAGUACAGUCCUUAUGUAAAGGCACAGCAACACAGUAGAAGAUACUUAAGGCGUGGAGCCUGCUCCGAGCUGCAGAAUCUCUGUAUGCCAUCACCUCGUAAAAAAGAGCCAGUUAGUCCACCUGUCAGUCCGAGCAAAGUGCGUUUUCACCUUUUUUAUAAGGAGGGUGGAAAGCUAAGUCAAGGAGAACACUUAAUGCCCUGCCCUCGAUGCUCGUUGCCAUCUCACAUAAGUAGCUCUGAGGGGUAUGGACGCUGCUCAAGGCCUGGCUGCUUGUUUGAAUUCUGCAUACACUGUCACUCUGCUCCUCAUAUGGGUAAACCUUGUAGAGCAGUAUUGCCAGUGUUGCAAAGCCACUGCAGAAGAAUGAGAAACGGCAUUGGUAGUGCCGCCAGUCGCAGGAAUCUGCGGAAGCUGUUACUUUGAGAGCGUUUCUUAUUUGUUUCAGAGGGCUUCAAAUACCUCAAUCGUCUGUGAUAAAUGAACAUUUAGUAACGGCGGAAUGUAACUGCAAUCUGGAAUAUCUUAAGUUUUUAACAGGAACGUUACAGUAAGACAUAAGGUUUAUUGUACUAUAAAUUUUAUUCUGAUACUUCUUCCUACUGUCUCUCUUCUGUGCUAUUGCUUGUAUAUAUUUUAUGUUCUUCAGUAGCAUCUGACUGUCUUGGAAAAACAAUCUUGCAUCACCUGUAAUUUUCCUUAUAGUGCUAUCUCAAUAUGUACAUAUUUUUCCACAUUUAGUUACUAUUAAGAUUAAACUAACUUGUAGUGCCAGAAAUUGUUUUGUAACUAUUGGAGAUUGUAAUAAAUUAGUAGAAUUAUUCCUUUUAAGCAUAACUCUGACUACAAUGUUGUAUAGUGAACCAUUUCUGAAAUAAUAAUGUACCCUGUUCAUACAGUCUCAUGUUAGUACAAAUUUUUAAUUUGUUUUGUGCUUCAGUUCUUGCCUUUUGGCUUAAAUUCAGCAGUGAUUUUUUACCAUUGCAGUUUUAUUUAAUAUAGUCCCUUGUUUGUGCCUCCUGCGGAGGAACUUUAAAUGAGGUAUGAAAAUUUUAUGGCACAGUUUUUAUGUGGGAGGAUGGACUUUGUUUUCAACAUCAAAAUAGCUUAGCUUCUAUAUGUACUAUGUAUCACUUGUGCUGAAAAUGAAGUAUUAUUGUACAAAAAAAUGUAAAGUUCCUUUAAAGUGAAUUUUUUUUCAUUGGGAUAUACUUCCACAACAUUUUGCCUUACAAAUGAUCAUUAGAAAUUUUCAGUGUUGCUUUGGACUGUCUAAAUUACAAAACUUCUAAUUAUGCAUUAGUAAAUUUCCUUAAUAGUACAAACUCCUGGAAAAAAUCCAUCCAAGAUUGUAAUCUGCAGUGAUACUUAUGGAGUACUUCCUUUUUCCAUAUUUUUUUCAGUGAACCAUAUAUGAUCUCACAUUCAAUGUCAGUGCCUAAUCUUUCAUUUUGAAUUUUUUUAUAUAUUUUAUUAAUAUUUGCUAAGAAGUAUUAUUUUUGAGUGUGCAAAUGUGUUGACCACACCACACUGCUUAAGAAAUGUGAACAUUUGAUGGUUAAAAAUGUUCAUUGUUAUAAUGGAAAAAUGGUAUUCAGAAUUGCAAGUGUCGUGACUGUUAAAAUUUGCUCAACUAUAAUGUACCUGAUGUAACUUUGUUGCUGUUGCACAAUUCCACAUUGUAAAAUAGCAUUUAUGUUUUUAAC